GAGCAGGCUGUGCACCUCAACUUUCUCUGUGCCACCAUGUUCAGAAGCCCAGAGAUUGCCAGCUAUCUGGGAGCUUUCAAGUUCUCUGAGAAACAAGAUUUCAACCAGAAAAACUUAAGCUUCAUUGGAUUACCACGUCAAAGAAAAGUUCCAAGCUUUCAGAAAGAGUUCUGGCUUGAAGAUAAAGAACAGCUUGCUAACCACAAAAGAGGAAUCGAUGCUAAGCUUUUAACUGCACUUCCUAAAGUUGCAGAAUUAAGAAAAAUCUUUGAACCAAAGAGAAACGAAUUUUUAGAAAUGAAAAGAAAAGAAAGAAUUGCCAGGCGCCUAGAAGGAAUCGAGACGGACACCCAGCCCAUCCUCUUACAGAGCUGCACGGGGUUAGUGACUCAUCGCCUGUUGGAGGAAGACACACCCAGAUACAUGCGAGCCACAGACCCUGCCAGCCCCCACACUGGCCGGUCCAAUGAAGACGAAGACACCUCGGAUUCCUCGGCGGAAAAGCAGACCCGCUCCAGGCUCUGCACGCCAAGCUCGGGCGUCCACGGUGAGCCGUCGGGCGGUCCAGCUGCCCCGGACACGCAGGCCCUGGAGUCCAAGGCCGAGAGAAUCGCGCGCUACAAGGCGGAGAGGCGCCGGCAGCUGGCCGAGAAGUACGGCAUAGCCCUGGAUCCCGAAGCCGACGCGGAAUCGCAGUCCCGAUACUCCAAGUCCAGGAAGGACGCGGAGGCUGCGGACAAAAGGGCUGGGAAGGGCGACAGGCAGGCCGAGCCGGGCCCGGAGGCGAGCUCUGCGCACCCCAGGCCCUGCGUGCGCGAGCCCAGGGACCACGGCCUCCUCGCGGGCGAUGGUCUGUCCGACCCCGACGUGCUGCUCGGCGUGGAGAACCACAGACGUGCACAGGAGCCCGGCGCCGGCGGGCCGCCCCGUGACCCGGCGCCCCCGGCCGAGACUGCCUCGCCCUGCCCGUUCCCCGGGCGAGAAGGCGCCUUCAGUGAAGUGCCGAGGUCCCCGAGGUCCCCGAGGUCCCCGAGGCCCACGCGCAGCGCGGCCCCGGCCUCCCUGGGCCCCUCGGCCGCUGACCCGCCGCUGGCUCCCGAGGCCCGAGCCAGUACCGGGAAACCCAAACAUGAGUGGUUUCUCCAGAAAGAUUCCGAAGGGGACACACCUUCUCUUAUCAACUGGCCUUCCAGAGUUAAAGUUAGAGAAAAAUUGGUGAGAGAGGAGAGUGCUCGCAGCAGCCCCGAAGUGGCCUCCGAGCCCUUCACUCAGAGGAGACAUCAGCCAGUGUCCGUCCAUUGCUCGUCCUUUCAGUCAGAAAAUUCGGCCUUUGAUAGGGUCUCCAGCAAGGCGGCCAGCUCCGUGCGACAGCCCAUCCGCGGCUAUGUCCAACCGGCAGACCCCAUUCACACAGCCACUCUGGUGACCUCAGAGAUCCCUGAAAACAUAUCAGAAUACAGCUGGGGGGGGUCGGCCACCCAGAAUGUCAGGAAGCCUCCCAUCUCGAAGGUUCUAGAAAGUGAGAGAAGGGAGGAUACUCCCAUUCUCCAUAUUUGUGAGUCAAAAACAGAGGAAGAUAUGCUCUUCACCGAAGCUCUGGAGAAAAGCAGGAAAACACUUUUGGAUUUGGAGGACCAUGAGCUUAUGAGAAGCCACGAAGAGCCCUCUGGAAAUGAAGAUUUGGGCAAGCCUGCUGUUAGCACAGUCACCUUAGAACACCAGAUGGAAGCAGAAAGUCUGCCACACCCCCUUGAAACUCAGCAACAACCCACGGAGAGAAUUAGCAGACAAGAGAUGGUUCUAUAUGUUCAGAGCGAGCCCGUGUCCCAAGAUGCCAGGGUGACAGGCCACAGAAGGGAAGCAUUUACAAAGAAGCGCAAGGUCCUCACCCGCUCCCUGUCUGACUACACGGGCCCCCCUCAGCUGCAGGCCCCCCUCAAGUGUAAGGACUCCACUUCCAAGCAGGAUCCAGAGCUGCAGAGUUCCAGAGCCGAAGGGCCCCCCACAGAAGUUGGCAUGCUGGACACAAAGGUCUCAGUGGCCCAGCUGCGAAAUGCAUUUCUGGAGUCUGUCAAUGCCAGCAAGAAACGCGAACUCCCAUCCCGGGUUGAGAGGUCAACCGAAGGAGUUGGCUUGCCUACCGGUGUGGAGCGGGAGAGAGGGUCCCGGAAACCAAGACGCUAUUUUUCUCCUGGUGAAAGUAGAAAAACUUCUGAGAGAUUUAGAACUCAACCUAUAACCUCAGCAGAACGAAAGGAAUCGGAUAGGUCUGCUUCGCAUUCAGAAAUGCCAACCACUGAGGAUGAAGAAAAGGUAGAUGAACGAGCCAAGCUGAGUGUCGCUGCCAAAAGGCUGCUUUUCAGGGAAAUGGAAAAAUCAUUUGAUGAGAAAAAUGUUCCAAAGCGACGCUCCAGAAACGCGGCUGUGGAGCAAAGGCUGCGUCGGCUACAGGAUAGAUCCCACACCCAGCCCGUUACCACCGAGGAAGUGGCCAUUGCAGCCACUGAACCUAUCCCUGCUUCGUGCUCUGUGGCCACCCACCCUGUAAUGGCAAGACUUCCUAGUCCCACUGUAGCUAAGAGCACUGUGCAGCCUGCCAGGUUGCAGGCAUCUGCUCACCACAAAGCCUUAGCCAGAGACCAGGCAAAUGAGGGCAAAGAUGCUGCUGAACAAGGUGAACCUGACUCCUCCACUCUAAGCUUAGCAGAGAAGUUGGCCUUGUUUAACAAAUUAUCCCAGCCAGUCUCAAAAGCUAUUUCUACCCGAAACAGAAUAGACAUGAGACAGAGGAGAAUGAAUGCUCGCUAUCAGACUCAGCCAGUCACGCUUGGAGAGGUGGAACAGGUGCAAAGUGGAAAGCUCAUUCCUUUCUCACCUACCGUUAACACAUCUGUGUCCACCAUGGCAUCUACAGUCACUCCAAUGUAUGCAGGGGAUCUUCGGACAAAGUUGCCUGUGGAUGACAGAACAAGUGCCACUGACCAUAAAUUUCCUUCUUUGAUGGAAAAUUCAGAUUCUCCGGUUAGAAGCAUUCUGAAGUCCCAAGUCUGGCAGCCUUUGACUGAGGGCAGUGGAAACAGAGGAAUGUUGAGAGAGCUGGGCGAGACAGAAGGGAAGAGAGUCUUGGCAGGUGGAGAUGGUGGUAAAAAGUACGGGUCCUUUGAGGAAGUGGAGCCACCCUGUCCUACCCUGAACAGAGUCUGGGAAGGAGACAGCCAUAAGGAAACCAAAUAUGCUGUUCCAAGAAAGGGUAGCCUGGAACUAGCUCACCCUCCCGUUGCCCACCUUGGCGAUGAACUGAAGGAGUUCUCCGUGGGUAAAAGCAUUGCACAGGGGAGCCCAGACUGGACAGAUAGGCAGCCCUUUGAAGAGAAGGUUGACCUGGAAAAUGUCACGAGAAGGAGGUUUUCGCUAAGAGCAGAGUUUGGGGAGCCUGCUUCUGAGCAGACGGGAACAGCAGCCGGGAAAACCGUCACCCAGACUGCAGCCCCCAUGUCCUGGAAGCAGCAUGAUUCUGUAGAACCAGUACAGGAGAAGUACCCCAGGAAUCCAUGUGCCAUGUUUGCUGCCGGAGAGAUCAAAGUGCCAGCGGUGGAGGGCAUUCUGGAUUCAGCCAGCAAAACCAUGUCAAUUAAAGAAAGAUUAGCGCUGUUGAAGAAGAGUGGUGAAGAAGAUUGGAAGAACAGACUGAGCAGAAAGCAGGAGUACGGCAAGGCGUCUGUCUCCAGCAGCCUGCACAUACAAGAAGCGGAACAGUCCCUCAAGAAGAAGCGGGUCACAGAAAGUCGAGAGAGCCAGAUGACUAUCGAAGAGAGGAAGCAUCUCAUCACUGUGAGAGAAGAAGCUUGGAAGACAAAAGGCAAAGGAGCGGCCAACGACUCCACCCAGUUUACGGUGGCUGGCAGAAUGGUGAAGAAAGGUUUGGCAUCACCCACCGCCAUAACUCCAGUAGCGUCUCCUAUUUGCAGUAAAACGAGGGGCACCACACCUGUUUCUAAACCUUUGGAAGAUAUUGAAGCCAGACCAGACAUGCAGUUGGAAUCGGACCUGAAGUUGGACAGGCUGGAAACCUUUCUAAGAAGGCUGAAUAACAAAGUUGGUGGGAUGCAGGAGACUGUACUCACUGUCACCGGUAAAUCUGUUAAAGAGGUGAUGAAGUUGGAUGAUGACGAGACCUUUGCCAGAUUUUACCGCAGCAUGGAUUAUACUGUGCCACGAAGCCCCGUGGAGCUAGACGAAGAUUUCGAUGUCAUUUUCGAUCCUUAUGCCCCUAAGUUGACCUCCUCUGUGGCCGAGCACAAGCGCGCAGUUAGGCCCAAGCGCCGGGUUCAGGCUUCCAGAAACCCCUUGAAAAUGCUGGCAGCCAGAGAAGAUCUCCUUCAGGAGUACACGGAGCAGAGACUAAACAUUGCCUUCAUGGAGUCAAAGCGGAUGAAAGUAGAAAAGAUGUCCUCCAACUCCAACUUCUCAGAAGUCACUCUGGCAGGCUUAGCCAGUAAAGAAAACUUCAGCAACAUCAGCCUGCGGAGCGUCAACCUGACGGAACAGAAUUCCAACAAUAGCGCGGUACCCUAUAAGAAGCUGAUGUUGUUACAGAUUAAAGGAAGAAGACACGUGCAGACAAGACUGGUCGAACCUCGAGCUUCAUCCCUCAACAGUGGGGACUGCUUCCUCCUGCUCUCCCCUCACUACUGCUUCGUGUGGGUAGGAGAGUUUGCAAAUGUCAUAGAAAAGGCAAAGGCCUCGGAACUUGCAAGUUUAAUUCAGACAAAGAGGGAACUUGGUUGUAGAGCUACAUAUGUCCAAACUAUCGAAGAAGGAAUUAAUACACACACUCAUGCGGCCAAAGACUUCUGGAAGCUUCUGGGUGGCCAAACCAGUUACCAGUCUGCCGGAGACCCAAAAGAAGAUGAACUUUAUGAAACAGCCAUAAUUGAAACAAACUGCAUUUACCGUCUGAUGGAUGACAAACUGGUCCCUGAGGACGACUACUGGGGAAAGAUUCCCAAGUGCUCCCUUCUGCAGUCAAAAGAGGUACUGGUGUUUGAUUUUGGUAGUGAAGUGUACGUGUGGCAUGGAAAAGAAGUCACAUUAGCGCAACGGAAAAUAGCUUUUCAACUGGCAAAGCACUUAUGGAACGGAACCUUUGACUACGAGAACUGUGACAUCAACCCGUUGGAUCCUGGAGAAUGCAAUCCGCUUAUUCCCAGAAAAGGACAAGGGCGACCGGAUUGGGCAAUUUUCGGGAGACUUACAGAACACAAUGAGACGAUUUUGUUCAAAGAGAAAUUUCUGGAUUGGACGGAACUGAAGAGGCCUAAUGAGAAGAGUGCCGGCGAACUCACCCAGCAAAAGGAAGAUCCCAGGGCAGAAGCCAAGGCAUAUGACGUGACACGGAUGGUGCCGGCACCCCAGGCCACAACCGGCACUGUGCUGGAUGGGGUGAAUGUUGGUCGUGGCUACGGCUUGGUGGAUGGGGAUGACAGGAGGCAGUUUGAGAUCGCCAGUGUGUCUGUGGAUGUGUGGCACAUCCUAGAAUUUGACUACAGCAGGCUACCCAAACAGAGCAUCGGGCAGUUCCACGAGGGAGACGCCUAUGUGGUCAAGUGGAAGUACAUGGUGAGCACCGCAGUGGGAAGUCGACAAAAGGGAGAGCACCCAGUACGGGUAGCUGGCAAGGAGAAGUGUGUCUACUUCUUCUGGCAAGGCCGGCAGUCGACCGUGAGUGAGAAGGGCACAUCAGCUCUGAUGACAGUGGAGCUGGAUGAGGAGAGGGGUGCCCAGGUCCAGGUUCUGCAGGGAAAGGAGCCCCCCUGCUUUCUGCAGUGUUUCCAGGGGGGAAUGGUGGUACACUCUGGGAGACGGGAAGAGGAGGAAGAAAAUGCACAAAGUGAGUGGAGGCUGUACUGUGUCCGAGGAGAAGUGCCCAUGGAAGGAAAUUUGCUGGAAGUGGCCUGUCACUGUAGUAGCCUGAGGUCCAGGACUUCCAUGGUUGUCCUCAACAUAAACAAAGCCCUCAUUUACUUAUGGCACGGAUGCAAAGCUCAAGCCCACACGAAGGAGGUUGGAAGGACUGCAGCAAAUAAAAUCAAAGAACAAUGUCCCCUGGAAGCAGGACUGCAUAGUAGCAGCAAAGUGACAAUACACGAGUGUGACGAAGGAUCCGAGCCGCUGGGAUUCUGGGAUGCUUUAGGAAGGAGAGAUAGAAAAGCGUACGACUGUAUGCUUCAAGAUCCUGGAAAUUUUAACUUCACACCUCGCCUAUUCAUCCUCAGCAGUUCCUCCGGUGACUUCUUAGCCACAGAGUUCAUAUAUCCCGCCCGAGACCCCUCUGUGGUCAACUCCAUGCCUUUCCUGCAGGAAGAUCUUUACAGCGCGCCACAGCCAGCACUUUUCCUUGUUGACAAUCACCACGAGGUAUACCUCUGGCAAGGCUGGUGGCCCAUAGAGAACAAGAUCACUGGAUCGGCCCGCAUUCGCUGGGCCUCCGACCGGAAGAGCGCCAUGGAAACCGUGCUCCAGUACUGCAAAGGAAAAAAUAUCAAGAGGCCGCCCCCCAAGUCUUACCUUAUCCAUGCUGGUCUGGAGCCCUUGACAUUCACCAACAUGUUCCCCAGCUGGGAGCACAGAGAGGACAUUGCUGAAAUCACAGAAAUGGAUACCGAAGUUUCAAAUCAGAUCACCCUUGUGGAAGAUGUCUUAGCCAAGCUCUGUAAAACCAUCUAUCCCCUGGCUGAUCUGCUAGCCAGGCCGCUACCCGAGGGAGUUGAUCCUCUGAAGCUUGAGAUUUAUCUCACCGAUGAAGACUUUGAGUUUGCACUAGACAUGACAAGAGACGAAUACAAUGCUCUGCCCGCCUGGAAGCAGGUGAACCUGAAGAAAGCAAAGGGUCUGUUCUGAGCGGGAGAGAUGCUAGAGGCACCUCUGUCAUCACUUUCAAUACCAUUGGACCAGGGAAAUGGGUUGUUUUUUUUUUUUUUGAACUGGUAUUUUGAAAAAAAAAAAAACAAAAAAAGAUUUUUUUAAUCAGAGUUUUCCAAAACCUGAAGUUAUUAGCUCUACUGCUUGUCCCGGAUUUGUGUAUUUUGUAAAUGUUUAAGCGAACCCUUUGGAAACUCUCUUUCCAUAAUCCAGCAGGUAAUGUUAAUAAAGGCGUCCCUGCGUGCACUUGCGCAGCACCUCCUGCGCUGCCCUCCCGUGCCAGCUCAGCGCUGCCUACUUUUUUGGAAGCGACUCUCUUUAUAAAGUGUUAUUUUGAUAGUUUGUGGGUUCUAAAAUAUAUAUAUUUAUAUAAACAACAUAUAAAUCAAAUAUGUAUUUAACAAAGCAAUAUGUAUUCAUUCACUUUUAAGAUUUUUCUUUUGUGUCAAAAUAAUAUUCAAAGGUAGAUGGAAUUGCUUCUACAGAAUUAGCUCUGGCACCCAUACAUAUCUUCACACGUGUUCAGAAAUGUCUCCUUCAGCAUUAGGUAUGACUUGUUCUGAGUGCUGCUUCCGGUGCUAAAAUGAACAAAUGAAUUUAUACUUCCUGGCAUGGGCUCUGAAGAAUCUGUGCAAAUCCACCUUUCUACCUUAAUAUCUCCCCAAAAUGUAUAGUGCCUUGUUUUUAUGUACAGUUUAUAUACAGAAAAGUUUGCUCUGCAUUUUUUGAUGAUGGUUUGGAACAUUAUCUCCAAUUUUACUCAAAACUAGUAGAAAUUAAAAAAAAAUCUCAAAUUUCUAAUACCUGUUGUAAACAUGAAACAUUGUCAUUUUGCGGUACAGAGCUCCAAAAUAAAAGCUUCAAGAAUAAACACGAUGAUUGAUUCACAUUGAA